AUGGUUUCUCGAAGGCCCGGCAGAGCCGUGAAGGCAAAAAGCCCCUCAGCAAAUAUGGUGGCGCGAUCACUGACACCAAUACCUGCCACGACUGUGGCAUCUGAAGUUGCAAGAGCAACGCGUCCGUCUGCCUCAGCAGACGCAACACCCGCAGCAGGAAUACCAGCAGCAUCAGUAUCCACUGGGCACUCGCCCGUAGCGGCGGGGCCGGUAGCAGGACCCCGUUCAGCCUUACCCUCAUGGCACAUGGGGCCCAUUGCCUGGUCAUGGAUUCCUGGAGUCUGUGGCUCUUGUGGAGCUCCCACCUCCUGCUGGACUUGCGUGAAUGCAGGCCCUCCAUGGCUGCCUAAGGACCCUCAGGCCCGUUUGCACUUGAGGCUGUUGUGGGGAUUUUACGCAUCUUCUCUUCCUAGCAGCUGUGCUUCCAUGCGAGAAGCCCUGCGAGUGGGCGCCAUUUCAGCCUUGAGAGCAGAUGCAGCUUUGCUGUCUCUCAUUUCCAGAGGUCUAGGCUUUACUGCCUUGUCCCUCUCUGCACGACGACUUGCUGAAGCCUGCGACGUUCAGGAUACUGGAGGCUCCAACCCAGCCUGGGGGCUUGAACGCUCACGAGCAACUGUUGAGGAGCUCGUGAAAAGCUCGCAAGUAGAUCCGGGGGAAGUACGGGCUGAAGACAAGCCGAGUCAGAGCGUAGUAGAUCAGGACGCUGUGCAGCAACACCCCCAAGAUCGUGGUAUUUACACCCGCGAGUCAAUAGAGGGGAAGACCCCAGACUCGAAUUUUACGUGCGAAGUUUCCCCAGUGCAGGGUGUUGCCACCGCUCGCUCUGAAAACCAUGACCGAACGUUGGCAUCAACGGACACUCAAGAAGCGCCAAAGAAAGAAAGUUCGAUUAACCCCACGCUCAUACGUACUGAAGCCUUAGCGGGCUCAACUGCACCUGUCACAAAAUCUGCAGUGCUGCAGCGUCACCUGGACAGCGGUUUGCAGCAGUCCAACCAAGAGCUUCAACAGCACCAGCAAGUAACCCAAGCACACCACGUGCAGGAUCACGCAAUCUUGAGCCCUUCUCCAGAUUGCAACCCUGUUUUUGCGGCUCUGGCUGUCUGCCUCUCGGACCUGCAUGCAGCACAAUCCAAACUUGCACCUUUGUUCCAAGACGAUAUGGCGGCGGCUGCUGCCGCUGCUGAAGUCGUUGCUGGUCACAGUGCUGGAGACGAGGAAAAGCUGCCACAGAUGAUUACGCCAGAGAAGCACCAAAACCAUUCGACAGUCUCCGCAGCCACGUUUGCCGCAACAGCUUUAGCAGGCGCUCUCAAGACAGGCUAUGCACUUAGUCUGGCAGUUCUUCCUCACGCCUUUAUGGGGGGUUGGAUGUGCUGGCCUCUGCGAUCGGCAGCUGCUUUAAGAAGGGCUGCUGCAGUCGGAGUCAUGCAGCAGUUUCACGACGAGAGUGCUGCAGCAGAGGCGGCAGGAUCAGGCACACCAACAGGAGUCGCAGCCACAGUCCUUGGGCAAGCCCUGAAGUGCUGGGGAGGCGGUCUUCGAUUUCAACCUAAUCCAUGCACUUCCCCCCAAGCUGUGUCGACCGCGUGCCUAGGUUCCCUCGAGUUUCCAGGGGGGCCCUCGGUUCGCAACGGGUUGGACAUCCCGGGCAGGUCCUCUAGAGAGGCCUCAAAGGGUUUUCGGAGGAGCACUCCAUUUAAACAGGCUACCUGUGGUGCUGCAGCAACCCGCGCUGCAGCGGCAGGCGCAGCUGCGGCUGCUGCUACCGCUUCGUGGGGGGCUGCGGCUGCAGUGCCCCCAGUGAAGCCCCCUCUGAGGCAGAUACGCCAUGUGUCUUUCCAAACAGGAAACGACACUCCCUCUAGCGACACACCCCGAAUGAGACAAAGCUCGAAUGGCUGCCUCCUGGCCCAAGCAACGGGAUCUGCCAUAAGGCGGCACGCCAGUGCCCAUUUAGUACACUCUCAGAAGACCGCUUCACGGAUAAAUACUUCCCAGGAACACCGAGUCAGCUGCUUGGCAGAAACCUCUAGGCUGGCUUCACUGAGGCACACUUCACCCUCAGCAGGCACUGCAAACACGCUCCAAAGCAGAUUGAGCGCGCGCCCAGUUGGCUGUGAAGAAUUUCAGGAAAAUCCCUUAAAGGCUUCGCACCUGGACGAUUGCACUUAG